AGGACGACGACUACAAUGAGCACUAGGACAAUGACAGAGGCGAAUUCGAAGUCGACGACUUUGAGGACUACUCCUACUCCAAGCACAACAACCGAGUACAACUUUCUGCCAUCAAUCUCAACAGCCUCAACUAUUAGUCCCAGCGAGCUCGUGCCCAUGAAGUGUUCGGCUAGCACGAAUAAUGUCAAAUGGCCGCAAAUAGACUUCAUUCCCACAUACUUUGGCGGAGUCACUGUGAAAAUUACCGUGGAGCAGAGCGACAGUCAGAGCUCUGUUGGCGCCUUUUGGUUCUCGAAGACAACGAAGGAAUACUACAUGAUGGAGUUGCUGCCCGAUGAGUUCGGUCUCGGCUGCUAUUUCACCAUUCCACUGCAAACGAUUGUCACAAACCUCGCACCAAAUGCGGCGUACACCUUCUGCCUGGUCGUGGAUGGCCACAACACCGUCUCGCCUUUCAGCUGCAAAUCCGUUAAGGUUGGAAGCAAUCUGAAUACAUACUAUAAUUCCUGGUCGCCGAAAAGGAUGCUGGCCAAGGGUAUUUCUUUAAUGGUGCUCGGCGUCGUUGUUUUCAUGUUAAUUGGCAUUAUGUCCAUGUAUUUGGUAUUGAAGAAGAAACCAGGUUGGGUAAAGGGCAGCAAACGCAUCGUCAAGCCCAAGCAUGACUCGGACGAAAUAAUCGUCUUACCCCGCUCAAAAGCAGCUCAGAAAUUCCAUUAUAAGGAAAAGUCUAUGGCACAAUGCAGCCAACAUAGGCUCUGCUCAUUUUUACCGCGGCGCAACUCAAUGGAGAGCGUCGCCAGCAGCGACAGCUAUAUAAAUCAAAAUGUUUACGAAGUUAUUCCGACAUAUAUAACAUUUGAUAAAAUACCGCAAGUCGAUGCACCCGCCCAGCCCCCACCACAAGUAUUCAACAAUUACGAGAGUCGCUCAGCCCUGCUUCAUAGAGAGAGUGUGAGAUAUGCGCAGAUUUCGCCGCGAACGAAGCGCAUUUCCAGUGAUCCAUUGCCCUCGCUUCCCAUUGAAUUAUGAUGGGCCCGAAAGCUCUUGUGACAAUAUCUAUAUGCUAGACAAGUAUA